GUGUGUAUAUAUACACUAGAUUGCCAAAAGUAUAGGGACACCCUCCAAAUCAUUAGAUUCAGGUGUUUCAAUCACCUCAAUGGCCACAGGUGUAUGCAGACUGCUUCUACAAACAUUUGUGAAAGAAUGGGUCACUCUCAGGAGCUCAGUGAAUUCAGGCGUUGCCACCUGUGCUUAUUGCUUAGGUCCAUCCAUGAAAUUUCCUUGCUACUAAAUACUCUAUGGUCAACUGUUAGUGGUAAUAUAACAAAGUGGAAGCAACUGGGAACAACAGCAACUCAGCCACGAAGUGGUAGGCCACAUAAAAUGACAGAGUGGGGUCAGCACAUGCUAAAGCACACAGUGCACAGAGAUUGCCAACUGUCUGCAGAGUCAACAGCUAAAGACCUCCAAACUUUGUGUGGCCCUCAGAUUAGCACAACAACAGUGCGUAGAGAGCUUCAUGGAAUGGGUUUCCAUGGCCGAGCAACUGCGUCCAAGCCUUCCAUCACCAACUGCAAUGCAAAGCGUCAGAUGCAGUGGUGUAAAGCACGCUGCUACUGGACUCUAGAACAGUUGAGAUGUUUUCUCUGGAGUGACCAAUCACGCCUCUGUGUGGCAAUCCAAUGGAUGUGUCUGGGAUUGGUGAUUGCCAGGAGAAUAGUACUUGCCUGACUGCAUUGAGCUAAGUGUAAAG